GAACGCAGCCAACCGUCUGCUGCGUAGAUAAGCGACAGCAUUCCAAUUGGUCGUGAAAUACGCGAGGAUUGUGUUAAGCAACAAAUAAAAUGGCGAGCGCGUGAUUUAUGUGCACUUUGUUAGACCUCACGUGCAAAGCAAACAGUUCAAAAGGCAACAGACAACAACAGCUAACAGCUGACAUUGCCGCCAUUGCUGCUGUUCGCCGCAUUCGCUGCGUCUGUGCUACACGCGGUUUCGGUUUCGGUUUUGACCCAUUCGCAAGCUUCGUGUGAGCUUUCGCCAGCAGUUUCGCUUCAAUGUUGGCCUUAAUUUAGUUGGUGCGCGCAUUCAGACCCUCACAGUUGUGUUAAGGUUGUAUCUGUAUCGUACACGCUGACAGCCGAGCAAACGUGCAACAGCCACACGACGAACAACAAAUUUAGAAAAAAACAAAAAACAACAACCAAAAUCCAUUUGCUGAGAGAGGAAAAAAGCUUUAAGACAACAGCAAGAACAGCGCAGGCAAAAAGCAACGAAACGCAAGCAAAAAAAAAAUAACACACAAAAUCAGCUGUGAGAUUGUUUUAUAGCACCAGAAGCAGCAGCAGCAGCAGCAGAAGCAGAAGCAGCAGCAGCAGCAGCAACAGCAACAAGAACAAGAGAAGUAAACGUGUGUGCAAAUUGUGUGAACCGUAAGAAGAAAACAACAGAAGCAGACGAAGAGCAGCUAUUGCCCUCUCACCCGGCCUCGCUCUCUCACUCUCUCUCUCUCCCACGCUAUAUUUAUUGGAAAGGAGUCGUAACAUCAGCUUGGAAUCCACGGCCAUCUAUUCCGCUCUGUAAUGGCUCAACUUCGUUCCUUGAGCGCCCCACGUACAACAAUUAAAUUCGUUUACUACAGUCGCAACGUUGGCAGCAUCAACAGCGUCAGCAGCAACCGUUAUUUGGCCACUGCAGCGGCAUUUUCCAACAACGGCAAACGUUGCCAUAGAAGAAGCCUACAUACAGCAUGCGCCAGCGUCAACGUCAACGCCAACGCAAGCAGCGGCAACCAAAAUGCUGCUCUGGACAUGGUGAGCGCUCUGCAUUCGCAUCGGUAUGCGCUGCGCUGGCAGAAUCAGUUCUUGAACGGCGCUCGCUGCCUGCACUCGGCGGCGCGUGAGCAGCAGGCGCAGGUGGCGAUUUCGGAGGUCGCUGAGGAUGGCAGCAGCGCAGCCAAACGGGGCGCAGCCGAUGCGAAGCCCUACCAAUCGAAGCCCGAGGGCAAGCCUCAGCGCGAUCCACUCGAUGUCAGCUUCAACGAUCCGAUAGCGGCAUUUAAGAGCAAAACCACAUGGGAGCUGGUGCGCGCUUAUAUGGUGUACAUGAUCUGUUCCAGCGAGAAGCUGGUUGAGCACAAUAUGACGCUUUUAAAAGUCGCUCGCGCCGUGCUGGGCAGCAAACUGUUUGUGAUACUGAUGAAGUCCAGCUUCUACGGGCACUUUGUGGCCGGCGAGAAUCGCCACACGAUUGUUCCCGCGCUCGAGAGACUACGCUCGUUCGGCGUCAAGCCCAUCCUGGACUAUUCCGUCGAAGAGGAUAUCUCCCAGGAGGAGGCCGAGAAACGUGAAGUUGAAUCUUCCGUUUCGAGCACCGGUGAUAAUGCCCAGGAUGCGGGCGCCUUGCCGCAGUAUCAUGUGGACAAAUCCUUUGCCGAUCGUCGCUACAAGGUGAGCAGCGCACGCACCUAUUUCUAUUUGAACGAGGCAACCUGUGAACGCAACAUGGAGAUAUUCAUCAAGUGUCUGGAGGCCGUUUCCGACGACGAUAGGAAAGAGCCGCGUGCUGCGGCAACGGGCGCCACCUUCGGAACUGGCAUCACGGCCAUCAAAUUGACCGCGCUGGGCCGUCCACAGCUGCUGCUGCAACUAUCCGAGGUCAUAAUGCGCACACGUAAAUACAUGGAGGCACUUGUCGGCGGCGAGGGCAACGUGCUAACCCAUCACAAGACCAUCAAGGAUCUCGAGAAGUAUUAUGCCAGCGUUGGCGACAACAAGGAUGUACAGCAGUUCUUGCGGAACGUCACAUCGGACAAGGAGGGUAUACUGCAUCUGUUUCCCUGGUCAGGCAUUGUAGAUGAAGAUUCACAGCUGAGCGACACAUUUCGCGUGCCCGAUCCUAUAACGGGUCAAAUGCGUCGACUGAUCUCACAAAUAGCGCCCAAAGAGGAAGAGAUGUUUAGAAACAUGAUACGUCGUCUAAACACAAUUGUAAAGACUGCCGCUGAGCUGGACGUGCGCAUCAUGAUUGAUGCGGAGCAAACCUAUUUCCAGCCAGCGAUUUCGCGCAUUACGCUGGAGAUGAUGCGCAAGUAUAACAAGGAGAAGGCCAUAGUAUUCAAUACCUAUCAGUGCUAUUUGCGUGAGGCCUACCGUGAGGUGGUCACCGAUUUGGAGCAGGCCAAGCGACAGAAUUUCUAUUUCGGUGCCAAGUUGGUGCGCGGCGCCUACAUGGAUCAGGAGCGUGCACGCGCCCAGGCGCUCGGCUAUGCCGAUCCCGUGAAUCCCAACUACGAGGCCACCACGGACAUGUAUCACAAGACGCUGGCCGAGUGUUUGCGUCGCAUCAAGCUGCUGAAGGAUUCGGACGAUGAUGCACGCAAGAUUGGCAUUAUGGUUGCAUCGCAUAAUGAGGAUACGGUACGUUUUGCCAUCGAGAAUAUGAAAUCGAUUGGCAUUUCGCCAGAGGAUAAGGUCAUCUGUUUUGGUCAAUUACUGGGCAUGUGCGAUUACAUCACCUUCCCGCUGGGUCAGGCCGGCUACUCGGCCUACAAGUAUAUACCGUAUGGACCCGUUGAGGAGGUACUGCCCUAUUUGUCGCGUCGCGCCCAGGAGAACAAGGGCGUCCUCAAGAAAAUCAAGAAGGAGAAACGAUUGCUCGGCAGCGAGAUACGCCGCCGCCUCUUCCGCGGCCAGCUCUUCUACAAGCCCAAGGGCAACUAUGUGCCCAUCUAAACAGCUCCGGCUCCGCCAUCGGCUUCGGCUCCAGCGUGUUGCGAGUUAGGCAGGCCAUCCAUUUGUGUUGUCCGGGCAAAACGACCCACGAAUAUAGCAUAAAUAAUACACCUGACAACAACAACAACAAAAAUGACAACCCGACUAAAGAACACACCUCAGACACGCCCGAGCCUAGAGUUAAAUCCCGCCUGUGGAUUGUAUGUGUGCGCACUAUUAUUAUUUUUUUUUUUUUAGUAUUGUUUUGUUUUUAUAUUCUAAAUGUUCUAACGUUAGAUGCGUCCGAUACCCAUACGGAAAUCGAUUUAUAUAUAAAUAUAUAUAUAUAUAUAUAUAUAUAUAGAGAGAGAGAGAGAGAGAGAGAGUUAUUUAAAGAUAUGCGCCGAAUAUACACGUAACUGCAGAGCAGCAUAAAAAUAAGAUCUAAAGAA